UCCUAACCCUCCAUCGUUGCUCUUCCUACUUCUUGUUCUUCUUCUUCUUCUUCUCUGUGUACAUAUAUACACACGUAGAUAUUGUUCCUUUGGAUCCCAAUGACCGAAGAAACCCAGCCCAUGGCCACCGAAGCUGAGCCGACCGCGACGGAGGAGCUAAAGAAGGCGGGGGCUGAAGAGAAGAAGACAGAGACCGACGAGGUUGCGCCGCCCGCAACGGCGGAACCAAAGAAGGUGGAGACUGAAGAGAAGAAGACAGAGGCCGAGGAGGUUGCGCCGCCCGCUGACGCCGCCGCCGCCACCACCGUGCCGCAGUCCGCCUCUUUCAAGGAGGAGAGCAACGUUGUUGCCGACCUCGUGGACCGCCAAAAGAAGGCCCUUGACGAGCUUAAGCAGCUCGUGCAGGCUGCUCUUGCCAAUAACGAGUUCAGCCCGCCUCCGCCUGCCGCCGCUCCCGCCGCCCCGGCGGAUGUGCAGCCCCCGGUCGAGAAGGAUGAGAAGGAAGGCAAGCCCGCGGAAGUUGUCACCGCUGGUUCUGCCGACGAACCGAAGACGCUGUCUGAAGAACCUCCCAAGCUGCCCGAACCCGCUCCGGAGGUGGUAGAGGAGCCCGCUGCACCGGUAAAGGAGGAAGCUUUGCCUCCCCCUCUGCCAGCCUCUGCGGGGGAUGAGGACGGCGCUAAGGCGGUGGAAGCCGUCGAGGAAACUGUUGUUCCCGUUUCUGGUCUGCCUCCGGCCGCCGAGGAGGGCCCUCCUGCAGUAGAGGAGGCAGCGAAGGAGCCAUCCGCUGAGGCCCUUGCCACAGCUCCAGUGGCGCAUCCAGAGGAGGUGUUCAUCUGGGGCGUCCCCCUCGUCGGUGACGAGAAGAGCGACACCGUCCUUCUCAAGUUCCUCCGCGCCCGUGACUUCAAGGUGAAGGACGCCCUGGCCAUGCUCAAGGACGCCGUCAUCUGGAGGAAGCAGUUCGGCAUCGAGGCGCUCCUCGAGGAGGACCUCGGCCUGCCGGAGCUGGACAAGGUGGUCUACACCCACGGCGUCGACAAGGAGCGCCACCCCGUGUGCUACAACAUCUACGGCGAGUUCCACAAUAAGCAGCUCUACGAGAAGGUCUUCGGCGACGCGGAGAAGAGGCAAAGGUUCCUCAAAUGGAGGAUCCAGUAUCUGGAGAAGGGCAUUAGGGAGCGCUUGGACUUCACUCCCGGUGGGAUCUCCUCCAUGGUCCAGGUGACUGAUCUCAAGAACUCGCCCCGCCUCGGGAAGCAUCGGCAGGUCACGAAGCAGGCCGUCACCCUGCUCCAGAACAACUAUCCUGAGUUCAUCGCCAAGAAGGUGUUCAUCAAUGUUCCAUGGUGGUACUUGGCUGUCAGUAGAAUGAUGAGCCCGUUCUUCACACAGAGGACCACAAGCAAGUUCGUCUUCGCCGGGCCAUCCAAAUCAGCUGAGACACUCUUCAAAUACAUAGCACCUGAGCAGGUCCCAGUUGCAUUUGGAGGCCUCAGCAGAGACAAUGACCCCGAUUUCACCUCGGCUGAGGCUGUUGUCGAUAUCACCAUUGGGCCUUCAUCCAAGGAAUCCAUAGAGAUACCGGCUACUGAGACAUGCCUUCUUGUCUGGGAACUCCGAGUUCUGGGAUGGGAGGUGGGCUAUGGUGCUGAGUUCAGGCCGAACGCGGAGAACGGAUACACGGUCAUUGUGCAGAAGACUAGGAAGUUGGUCGCCGACGACGAGCCAGUAAUCAGAAGCUCUUUCAAGAUCAGUGAACCCGGUAAGGUCGUCCUCGACAUCGGAAACCUGACAUCCAAGAAGAAGAAGCUCCUUUACAGAUACAAGGUGAAGAGCUCCACCUAAAGAGCUGCUGCUUAAUUGGUUUGUAUGUGCUGGUUUUGUUUGAUCACAUAAGCUUGGCUGUGUUGGUUUCUAAGAUAGUUCAUGAGACAUUAGCUCUUGAGCUCAAAAACUGGAAGAGGGGUUAUUGCUGCUCAUCAUCAACCUUUAAACACCAAACUUGCAUCCUAAAUGCUGAACUUGUCUUUUGAUUGAUA